UACUCAAUUAAAUUAUUAUUGUAUAGGUUUGUAUAAUAUUAUAAUAACACAUAAACAGUAAUCAAAACAAUACACAAAUUUGAAUCUAAAGAAAUUAUAUAGAAACGCUGUACCUACAUUAUAUAGGUACAAAUGUAGAGUUUUACUUUCAAAACGCGAACCAUUACGAUAUGUAAUAUAUUUAAUACCUACCUGACGCAAAUUAUAAAUUUGUUGGUCGUAAAUUAUUUAAGUAUUUCUAUGAUGAUCGGUUUGAUAAGUACCUGUAUAUACUAAUUUAUUCAUCUUUUUAUUUGUUAACAGAUCAAAUACGCGAUGCUUGAGAAAUUAUGACAUUUAUGGAUUUUAUUGAAACAAUUACAAGAAAAUGGCUUCACAAAUUGAAGAGUUUCUUGCUAAAAAGAAAGAACAAACUACACUAUUGGACUUACAUAACUGUACUGCCAAUUCAAAGGAGGAAUUAAGAAAGCUUGUCGAAAAAGUGCCAGAGUUCAAGAUAAAACCAGAAAAAAAACUGGGUGAUAUUAAGAUAAGAGAAAAGAAAUUCAAAUUUAAACUGCCUAAGAAAGAAAGUAAAAAAAUAUUCCCAUUUGCCGAACCAACGCCGUCAGAAAUGAAAGGAGUAUCAUUAGACGAGCUGUACUCGGUAAAUAUCCCAUGGAAAAUGCUAACUUCUCUUCGCCCAAAAUCAAAAAUCGAUGAAGAAUAUUUUUCGAGACAAGUCGAACUGGGUACGGCUACGCUUAAAACCAGAAACGCGGAGAAAAAGACACCACGUGAUAGUUUUCUGCGAAAAAAGAAAAACGCCUCCGGAGGAGUGGAGUCAAAGUUUUUGUCGUGCAAAGAAUGCGGAAUCGAAUUUUGUACGGGCGAGAGCUGCAAAAUAUUCGACUACGAUUCGUUCAAACGGGUUGCAGUGUCUGCCGCACAGACGACCACCGAACAGACGCAAGAGCCCGCUUCCCAGGAAAAAAAGUCGUCGAAAAAGAAAAAUCCUAGCAAAGGACUUAAUGCGAAAUCGCGAGGGCCAGCGGUUAACGUUAAAAACGCACCGGCGAAGAAAAACAGCGAGAGAAUUAUAAUCGGCGUGAACACAAAAAAAAAAAAUUCUACCGCUGUUCCGGAUAAAUUAACCAUCGACAAGUCCAACGUAAACGCCAAGACAAUUAUGAAGGAUAAAUUGUAUUCAUCGAAAGCUGAUAUGAAAAAAAACACUGUAACAAAGGAAAAGUCGUUAAAAAAAACACGAAUUGUCGAAAAAAAAGAGCCGUAAAAUAUUAUAUUAUUAAUUUAUAUGCAAACAAUGAGUAGGUACUUUUUAUAUAUUUCUUUACAAUAAUUAUUAUUACGGAAUACCUACUAUUGUUAUUUGUAUUCUUACCAAUGAUUCUUUAAUUUUUUUUCUCUUUGUUCGGUUUCAUGAACAGUAUAAUAACCAGCAUUAUUUGCAAAUUUUUAUACUUCAUUACAAAACAAAUAAAUUAAAUGUUGGUACAUUUUUAUCUAUAUAAAUAAAAAUGAAAUGCUGUUCGUUGGUAAUCGCAUCAAUUGAGAACAACCGGAUCAAUUGGCUCAAUUUUGUUUUUAAUGUUCGUAAUAGUUCAAAUAAGGGUUUUACGGAAAGAAAAAUGGUUACAGUUGGUUAUAUCUUACAGGUUAUAAUAUUAAUAGUAAAAAUAAUGAAUGGAUAUUGGAUAUUAAUAUUUGUGUACCUAUAUAAAAUAUGGCUGCUAUUAACUCGGGCAGAUGAGGUAAAAGCAUACCUUCAUCAAAAUAUCAAAUCGUCGCAUUUAUAGUCUUGAGUAACCUAUCUUAAAUCAAAUAUGAGUGUUGAUUGUUUGUUUGUAGCUUAUAUAGGUACUCAAAAACUACUUGACAGAUUUUGUGAAAAUUUUAAAUUGUUCUUAGAGAUAUCAGUCAUAUAGGUGUAGCUUGUGGGACUAAAGACACACCUGAAGUUUUAUUUUUUCGAUGGGCACCAAAAUAUGGGCCAUAAAUAUUAAAGACUCCUCUAAAGUUUAUUCUACCUAAUUGCUGGAAUUUGGAAGAACAGCGUAUUCCAGAAUUGGGACAUGCAUUAUUCAAUUUAUAUAUUACAUUUUAAUUUGAUUAAUUAUCCCAUUAAUGUGAUAUUCGCAUAACUUUUUCUAAUCAUAAUUUAUUAUGAUUAUGAAACAACAUUUCAAAAGAAAUCAAUUGCAGUUAUAGUAUCAUUGAAUGAAUUAUGUUUGGAAAAAAUAAUUUAGAUGAUUGAAAGAUGUUUAAAAUACAAUAUUUGUUAUUAUUUUUCUGUGAAUUACCGGGAAAUAAAUUUAAAAUCAUUUUCUGUUCAAUUUAUUUAAUUUGUAAUUUAAUUGGAACACAUUGUCUACAGUGACCUAAAUGAUCUAUUUAUAAGAUAAGCGUGUGACUUUUCUAUUAAUUUAAUAACUAAAACUGAUAUUGCUUCUAAUAUACAUGUAUAGUUACAAAAGCAUAAAA